AUGGGAUCUCUAAUGGCUUCUCUCACUCUUGUAUUGGCUUUAAUGUCUCUGAGCUUGCCUUUUCAAGCAUGCGCUGACUCCUACGGCUUCCCAUACCCACACAGGCCGGUCCACCCUCGUCCUCCCAAGCACCAUCCUCCUCCUCCACCUCCAAUUUCCCUGCCACCUCCACCCAAGAGUGGAUCUGAACCGCCCUCUCCUCCACCUUAUGUUUAUCCACCACCAACCCCUUCCCACGGUACUCCACCACCGGUGCCUCAUUCUCCUCCACCUUCUCCUUCUCCGUCACCAAGCCCUUCAUAUACUCCUUCUCCUCCUCCUUCAAUUCCUAACUCUCCUCCGCCCCUUUCUCCAACACCUCUACCUCCAGUGCACCCCACCCCUCCUCCUUCCCCUACCCCAUCCCCUGUCUAUCCGCAACCCCCCAUCCCCUCACCACCUCCUCCUUACUACUAG